AUGAGCGUUGUUUCGCCAACUAUCAAAACCACGGGCACUUCCAAAUUGCUCACGGUGGGUGCUGGCUGUUUUUGGGGUGUUGAAAGAGUGUUCAACAAGUAUUUCAAGGACAAAGGUUUGGUUGAUUCAAAAGUCGGAUACGCCAAUGGAUUGAAAAGUGUAUCCCCGCCAGUGAGCUACGAAAAAGUCUGCAGCGGCUCGACCAACUUCGUUGAGGCAUUGCAAAUCUCAUACGAACCAUCGCAGGUUUCGCUACGCGAUCUCUUAGACAUUUUCUUCCGAAUCCAUGACCCUACUCAAGUCAAUGCCCAGGGCCCGGAUAUUGGUACUCAAUACAGAAGUGCGAUCAUGACCCAUAGCCCCGAGGAUUACGAGGUUGCCAGAGAAGUGAGAGACUAUUUCCAAAAGGAGUGGUACCCCAAUCACAAGAUUUCCACCACCAUUGAGAACAUUGAAACAUGGUACGACGCAGAGGCAUACCAUCAAAAGUAUUUGGACAAGAACCCCGGUGGCUACGAGUGCCCUACCCAUUUCUUGAGAACGAAGCCCAAGGUCUAG